AUGAACAAUCAGGAUAAGACGGGAGGUACUGAUGGAGGUGGAGGCAAGACAAAAGAUAAACAAAACCCUGAAAAAGUUGGUGAUGAAGAUAAGCAGGCUAAAAACAGGCAAAACAAGCUGGAUAAGGAGAAGGAGCCGAAGGACAAUGCCAGGAGGGAGAACGGACGGCCGUGUCAGUGGAGGAGCGGCUGGGGUAUGACAGAGCGUCUGGCCAUCAACGUGUCAGGGCUGCGUUACGAGACCCAGCUGCGCACCCUUGCUCAGUUCCCAGACUCCCUGCUGGGUGACCCCCGGCGUCGCAUUCGCUACUUUGACCCUCUGCGUAACGAACUCUUCUUGGACAGAAACCGCAUCUGCUUCGAUGCCAUCCUCUACUUCUACCAAUCAGGUGGGAGGCUGCGGAGGCCUGCCAACGUCCCCUUGGACAUGUUCCUGGAGGAGCUGCGGUUCUACGAACUUGGAGAGGAGAUCAUCGAUCGCUUCAAAGAGGAUGAAGGGUUCCCCAAGGAGGAGGAGCGACCUUUACCUGAAAAAAAGUGGCAGCAGAAAAUCUGGAUGCUGUUUGAGUAUCCCGAGUCUUCCAGUGGAGCCCGGAUCAUCGCUAUCAUCAGUGUCCUGGUCAUCGUGAUCUCCAUUCUCAUCUUCUGCCUGGAGACUCUUCCUGAGUUCAGAAAUGAGAAGGAACGGAGGGAGCAAUACACCAUCGCUCCUCACCCCACCAUCCCAAAUGAAACCAUCUUGAUCCCACCUGGAUUCACUCCCUUCCAGGACCCAUUCUUCAUAGUAGAGACAAUCUGCAUCAUCUGGUUCUCAUUUGAACUCAUCAUGCGCUUCAUUAGUGCUCCCAGCAAGAUGCACUUUUUCAAAGACAUCAUGAACAUCAUCGACUUCUUCGCCAUCUUGCCUUAUUUUGUAACUGUGGGCACAGAGCUAGCAAAAGACAAAGGGACGCAGCCCUCCGUGUCUCUGGCUCUCAUCAGAGUGAUCAGGCUGGUGAGAGUCUUCAGGAUAUUCAAGCUCUCUCGUCACUCCAAGGGCCUCCAGAUCCUGGGCCAGACGCUGAAGGCCAGCCUGAGGGAGCUCGCCCUGCUCAUCUUCUUCCUCUUCAUUGGUGUCAUACUCUUUUCUAGUGCUGUCUAUUUCACUGAAGUUGAUGGUACUGGAACAAACUUCAAAAGCAUACCUGAGUCCUUCUGGUGGGCAGUCGUGACCAUGACUACAGUCGGGUAUGGGGACAUGUUUCCGGAGACGGUUGCAGGAAAGCUAGUGGGCUCCAUGUGUGCUAUUGCCGGAGUGCUCACCAUCUCUUUGCCUGUGCCUGUCAUUGUGUCCAACUUCAGCUACUUCUACCACAGAGAGAUGGAGUGUGAGGACACCAGGGUGUACCACCAUAUCUCCACGUCACUCUGGGAAAAGGAUGGGGAGGCUGAUGAAGAUGAGGAGGAUGAGGAUGGAAUGGAUGAGGGGCCCGAUUAUAUGGGAGAUUACACACUCCUGUAUGGGCAGGACCGGGCUAUUUGCACUCCACUUAAUGGGACUCUUCUGGCUGAAAUUUGUGCAGGAAAAGCAGCUGGGGAUCAGAAAGAGAUGAAAUUAUUUUUUAAGGAACCUAGGGUCACUCAGGUCUGAGUGUUUGCAGAUUUAAA